AUUGGGGAUGUGCCCGGGGCGCGGUUUUGCCCAGACAGGUGAGGAGGUUUAUGUUGAUGGAUGUCACGGAUCUCCGGUUCCUUCUGUGUUGCAGCUGGCGGCUCUUUCUCACGUUUCAGCUGUCCUGGAGAUUGCACAAGCUGCCAACCAGGUAACAGGGACAGGUGAAAGGGUGUUUGCUCCCAGCCAAAGUGUCAUUUGGAAAUUCAUCGGGAAUUAAGUCCCUCCCAAAAAGAAAAGGUGGUACGGUGGAGAUACAGCAAAAGAAACGGCGAAAGGAGAAAAUCACCAGCAGGGGAAUAGAAAGUGAACGAGGCCAUAACUAAAGACAGGGUCAGAACAGGGAUUGGUGCCAAGCAGACAAGGCGCUCAGAGUCUGGGAGCGAGCCAGGGCGACUCGGUCAGAAAGAGAGGGGGAGAAAAAGCAUCAAAGAGACCACAUGAGAGAGCUUCAGCCACAGGAAGAGCCUCCCCGGGAAAGAAAAACAGCAAUCUGCAAACAAACUCAAGUCAUCUUUUCUCGAACUGGGAACAGCAGAAACACACAGACCGGCGCACGGAGUGGACAGAAACUUUAAACCAGGGACAUCCCAUUGGCAGUUUGAGCCCAGGACACAUCGCCAAGGUUGGGGGUGGGGGGUGAUAAAACGAGAACUGUUACCGAUCCACGGUCACCAUCCAGAGAAAACAACACCAACAUUCAGAGAAGCUUCAGCGCCGGGUGAAGUGCCGCCAGAAGUAUACACUAUCUGCAGAAGAUUAUUAAUUUGUCCCAUCGAGAUUCAGAAACAGCCUUGACCCCGGAGGGUGGGGGAUUUUCACGUUGUUCCCCCAGUGUUUAGAAUACAUAUAUUUCUUUAACUAAGACAGGAUGAAGCGGCUAUAUGAUGAAAGCUCCUCCGACAGUGAGCUGGAGGAGAUGAUCGAUGUUGGCAAAGAGGAACAUUACUGUCCUGUAACUCAAUCAACUUCACCCACUACAACUUCUCACAUUCUGGCACGGAAGAAGAGGCGCGGGAUUAUUGAAAAAAGAAGACGGGACAGAAUUAAUAACAGUUUGUCUGAAUUGCGUCGUUUGGUUCCAACAGCUUUUGAAAAACAGGGAUCAUCCAAGCUCGAGAAAGCUGAGAUCCUACAAAUGACUGUGGACCAUCUAAAGUUGCUACAUGCAACAGGGGGUAAAGGUUAUUUUGAUCCUCACUUGCUUGCUGUGGAUUACAGAAGUAUGGGAUUCAGAGAAUGUCUUGCUGAAGUCAUAAGGUAUCUCAGCUCAUUUGAACGAUUUCAAGGCCAUGACAAUACUGAUCCACUAAAAGACCGUCUGGUAUCUCAUCUCAACAACUAUGUGUCUGAAAUAGAGCCUGCACCAUUGGCACCGGCUUCCUUGAUCCAUCGAAACUGGACUUGGCCACAUCACCAAUUAACUACUUUACUCCCACAGACAACAGAAGGAGGACAAUUACCAUGCAGGGAUACUCUGCAGAACCCAGCUUUCCUUACUGGCUCUGCACUAGCAUGCUCUGCAUCGUCUCUGAGAGGAAUUCCUCUUGACAAAAUAACAUCCUCAGUGAUAUCACCCACACACAACCUUCUCCCAAACAUGACAUCAUCUAGCCUUAAUUUCUUGUCAAACCUGGCGUCACCUAUUCAUAGAGUGCUGUCCAACAUGACAUGCACAUUUCCUGGUGUCCUGUCCAAUGUAAGCUCAACGAACAAAAUGUUAACUGGUGUUGCUGUAUCUCCACAAAUUAGUUCACCCUUGCUGUCACCAGCUUCCAAUACCAGCACCAUUCAUACAACAAACCCAACUGCAUCUAUCCCUGGCUCUUUAGGACUUUUUCCAUCUGUAUCACACUUCCGACACAAUCCCUCUAGUCAAACAAGCAACAUGAGCGCUCGCAAAUCCCAGAGGUCAUGGACAACAGCGAUUGGGGCUUUCUGAAUCUAGCCUAAUGAGGGAAAUAUUUUAGCUACACUUUUUUAUGGUGAUAUAUUGUGAUAUAAAAAGUAUAUUGUGCCAGAAAAUAUCCUGAUAGAUUUCAGCAGUUUGUAAUCAUAUUGAAAUGAGAGAAAAUAUAACUAAAGUUCAUUUCUAUGCAUCUUAUAAGUGCAGAAGUUUCCUCUAGCAUUCUAAUCUAUGAAGCAAUUGUUUUUAGUCUGAUAAAUGAAGUGUUGUGUUUCCUAUAGUUUACUCCACCCUUCCCUACAGAAGUGCUUUUGUUUCUCAAACCAGGCUUGUUCCAAGCAUGUACCUUGGACAGAAAAUAUAGAACAAGAUUUGUAUUCAAUUUUUGGUGACUUUCCAGUCCUCCUUCGUUUCUGGGCCUUGAUUUUCAUCUGUGAGUUGAGUGCACAGAGUCAGUAGCACUCCUGGCUUUGCAAACCCGACUUUUGAAAUUGGUGGCCUAGACAUCAGAUUCUCACUCAUACGUCAGAGGAUGCUGACUGGGGAGUUGGGCUGUGCAGAAGGACUGCCUCAGGGCUCUGGCAUUAUGUCCAAAAUUAUUAAAAAUAAAUCAAUCAUGCAGCUUCCUUCCAGUCCUAACCCUCAUGCUACCUCAUAACCCACACAACCCCUUCCCUGACCCACGCCAAUCAUGUCACCUCAUGACCUGUGCUGACCCCAUGACUCCCAAUCCCCAUGCCAAACUAUUCGCCUGCAGCCACCCUGCCUUUAUGUGGUCCUUCAUAACCGUUAUGCUAACUUAGUUCCAAUUCAUGCCAGCCCACUCCUCCCUACCCAUCACCCUUUGGCCUUGUAUCUACACAAAAACUCACACAGUAUACACCUAGGACCCAUGCAGAUAUGAGGUAAUAUAAAAUUCUAUAAAAUAAAUUUCUAAGUAUGUAUUGCAGAUUUCACCACAUUGAGUACAUUUUUUAUGGAUGAGUUUUGUUUUCCAUUUAUAUUCAAUUAAAUAAAGCCUUAUUACAACAAGCAUUUCAUUUGAUUGCUCAAUCCCAUACAAGAGCAAACAUUGGAAUUCAUCACCCCAUUUCAAAGAGUCUGUAAACAUUUAUAGAUAUGAAUCAAACUGUAAAAUAGAAGCACGCUGUACUUCAUAAUGGAUGGUUGUGAAAUCGGUCAAGCAGCAAGAAUCUAGGAAUUGAAAUUCUCAGUCAUUUGUCAAUACAGAAUGAAAUGGCAAGCAUUUUUUUAACACUCUGUACAUUUAUUUGCAAAGAUUUAAAGGACAAGACUUUUAAAUACCAUGACAACUUGUUAGCUCCCAUUGACAGAGUCUCUUGAUAUUGUUGACAGAUUCCUCUUGACAGGUCCCCUUGACACUUUUUUGACAUUUGAUUUUAGCAGAUCUGUUGACGGUUAAUGUGAUUAUGCAACUUGCAUCAUAAACGCAAGCCCACUUUUAACAAUUCCAAAAGCCACUUUACCUCUCCCGAAGGGCACCUUACAUAUACCCUAAAGGUGUUUCAGAACCAUACCCAAAGGGUUACCAUAUCUUUCUAAAGAGAUACCCUGGCUAAUCAAAGAAUUACACAAAGUCCAGAUCUAAUUCUGCAUAUCUUGGUUUUCAUACUCCUAGGCUACCAAAAUCUUAUCUGAGUGGAGGCAGUUGCUAACUUAAAUAGCCAGGAACCUCUAUAUGCAAAGCUUGAGCCUUCCCCAUUCCCACCCCAUAAAAAUAAGAAGUACUGUCUUUGGGACUGGGGCUUCCAAUUUUGGGUGCUUCUGCCGUUUUCAUCAUAAUUGUGAAGAAAGUCAUGACAUUGGUGUCACCUUUUAAGAUAAAAGCUUUCAGUUCAUUUCUGAUACAAAUCCAGUACUGAUUUGUUUUCAAGCGCCUACUAAGGGAAAUCAAUGCUGUGGCUAAGUGUAAUUCUGCCUUAUAUUCCCUCAUCUUCAUUUCUCAAUUGUUAUCCCCAACAACAGCUGCUUUCUUUGGGUC